UGUAGCUAAGCAUUUGAUUUAGGGAUUGUAUAUUUGGUUGUGGUGUCAAUAGUUUUUGGGAGCUUCUGAUUGAAGAGACUCUUUUUAUCUUGUUUGGAUUGUAAAGUAAGCUACCCUUUCGGCUGAAGUUUUGAUCUUUGGGGAAUUGCAAAACGUGGUUGGAAAAGUUAGGAGCUCUGGGAAAUGGGGAAGCCUUUGUUCUAUGAGAUCUUGGAGAAGCCAGCAACUAGUUGCAUCAUAGGAAUAUGCAGCGCUAUUUGGUUCUACAUAAAGAAGAAGAAUAUUGGAUACUCACAUGUUGGUCUGAGCUAUGAGAGUGUCAUUGAAGGGCAUUAUUGGAGGAUCAUCACCUCUGCAUUCUCCCAUAUAAGGGUUAUUCAUCUUGUUUUUAACAUGAUUGAUCUUUGGUUUCUUGGGGGGGCGGUAGAGGAAUUAGGGCACUUGGGUCUUGGUGUUGAAUACUAUUUGCAAUACACACUUGUAUUGGUUGUUUUAUCAGGGUUGCUGGUUCUUGGAAUGUACCACAUAUUGAUUCAGAGAUUUAAACUCGAGUAUUUUCGCCGAAUUCCAGCUGUUGGUUAUUCGUGUGUUGUAUUCGGGUGGCUGACAAUUCUUGCUGUUAAGCAGCCUUCCUCCAAGUUGGAUCUCUUUCGAUUCUUUUUGCUUCCAAUCAGAUUCGCACCGUUUGAGUCGCUUGUUUUUACUUCGAUUAUUGACCCUCGGGCAGGUUUCCUUGGCCAUUUAUCAGGAAUUGUGAUUGGAUAUGCUAUAGCAUGGGAUUUGAUUCAUGGUAUGAACAAUUACUGGGCACUCUCCUUGUUGGGUUGGAUCAUACUUGUCUUCAUCUUGAGCUUGAAGACAUCUGGUGCUGUUGACUUCAGCUUCCUUGAGAUCGAAUCUGUGACUGAUCCAUCCUUAUCGUCGGUACGGUUUUUGGGAUCUGACAAAAAUCACUACCUUAACUACCAUUUAUAG